UGAACAACCAAACGUCAGGCAAAAUUGAAGAAGACAGCCAAUUGAUUGAGUUUGACGAGGAGCGGAAUGUGCAAUCCGGUUGUCAUCAUAUGCGGAGUGGCUGGAACAGGCAAAUCGACUCUCCUCUCCCACUUCUACAGUGAAAUAAAGAAGAAGAAACCUGACUGUUGGGUUAUCAGAUUGAAUUUAGUUGAACAUUCUGACGCCAUAUUGAAACUCGAUGGAAGGACACCUGAUUUGAUGGAAUUUCUCAUCAAUGACCUUCACGUCAUCGACAGUAAUAGCCCGUUUUCUCGCUUGUUGCUGAAUCAACGGUUCGAGAUGGGCAAGCAGAUCGUUUUCAUGUUUGAUGGCUACGAUGAAAUCGAUAAAGAAUGCCAAAAAAUUGCGAUUCAAAUGAUGAAAUCCAUUCAAAAGAAGGGCAUUCAACUGUUCGUCACUACCCGCUCCCACGUGGCCCACCAUCUGCAAUACGAAUUAGGUCAGGUGGCUUAUUAUUUGGAAAACUUUGACGUAAAAGACCAGAUCGAUUGCCUGACCAAGUAUUGGAAGAAAGCAUUGGAACUGCCAGAUGGUGUGCAAGAAAUGAAGAUCGAGGAAUUUGCCACAUUGCUAGUGGAUCGGGUGUCGAAGACUCUGAAAGACAAAGAAAGAGCUUUCAUCGGAAUUCCUUUGCAAUGCAGAAUUCUUGCCGAAUGCUACCAGAAAAAUGUUGGCGACAUUGUGGAAAGCAAUGCUGAGAAUGACAAACAGUUGACUUCAAAAAUAAAAGAACAAUUCAAAAAUAAGAAAUUCGAUUUAAUUAGUCUUUACAGCAACUUGAUGGAUACAAAACGCCAAAUCUAUCGAGUGAAAACCAACAAUACCAUGUCCAAUCCGAUAUUGGCUAAAUCGUUUGAUGGUUGGGUUAAGAAAGUCGAGUCUUGGUUAACGAAAUUGGCAGUCGAAACCAUCAUCACUCAACCAAGUAUCCAUGAAAUGUUUUGGCCAACAAAAGGCCGGAACAAAUCCAGCGAUGAUGUGGCUCGACAAGAAGAGAGUCUUGCCAUCGACAGCCUGAAUUUUGGGUUGACGUUUUCUAAUGGAAAUGGAAUGCGACCUCAAUUUUUACAUCGGACGUUUGCCGAGUAUUUAGUCGCCAAAUAUAUUUACGAAGGAUUUCAUCCCGAUGACAAACGUCACAACAAACUGCUGGAAAAAAAAUCCAUUCGAAAAUUCAUUGUGAAAGAAAUCUUGGCCUCAUACCAAUACGACGAAGUUCAAGUGUUUUUCGAUUCUAUGGUGAAGACGCUGGUCGAUGAGAAUGAAGAAUGGAGUAAGAAAAUUAAUGAUCGUAAAUUACCGAAACGACUCACGAAGAUGGUGACUGACAAGAGCAGGAAUCUCCAACCUGACUUUAAGGAGGCCGUCCAUUUUUCUAUUCAGAAUGGGAAAGGCAACAUAUUCCGAUUGUUUUGUGACUGUCUUGAUGCCACUUUCGAAAGACAUCAAAUCUUUCGAUGGGUAAUGAAGCCCUUUUUCCAAUCGUCAAUUAUGUUUUUUUCCCACACUUUUUUUGAAGAAAGCAAGUUCUUUAAACGAUUCAUCAAUUAUUUCGACACCAUUAAUCCACACGACCAGAAUGUGUCUGGUACAGACGACAAUACGUCUGUGACUAUUGGAUAUCUUAUAUCCAGUAUGUUGCCUAAAAGUGCUGUUAAGUUACUUGUAGAAAAAUAUCCUUUGUGGAACCGAGACGGGCACCUGGAAACGAUGGAUGACUUUCUUGACUUUUUGGAAAACCAGAAUAUGGCUUUCGACGAAUGUGUUUGUUCCUUUGGAGAUGACGUAAUCAAAAAUUUCUUUCUAUAUUUGAUUUAUCAUGACAAAUAUCGUAGGCAUCUAAAAAAAUUUCUCACGCUUUUGUCCAAAUAUACAGCUUAUUCGGACGAUUUGAAAUUGGCCGAAUUGUUAAUUGAAGUUUUCCGGUCUAAAGAUCAAAUGAUGGCUGGGCGAGUUGCCGAAACGCUGAAGAUUUUACAAGAACUAGGACGAUCUGCUGUUCUCGUUCAACUCUACGGCGUUUUGUCGAUAGAUCCGGAAGCGUUUCAGAAUAUUUGCCAACCGUAUCGACUAGGAGAAGAGGACGCCCUCCCGACUGACCUCAACAUCCUAUUGGGAAGAGAUUCUUAUGACAUGACUCUUCUUCAUCGAGCAGCCUUCUACGGAGACGUCAACAUAGUGGAGCAAAUAUUAGCAAGAUUUCGCCAGCCGGAACUCGACGAUGGAGUGAAACAAAAACUGCGCAAGGUAGUGCUUGAGGGCUACACUCCGUUUUACUUCGCCACGGCUAAAAAUCAGAAGGAAGUCUGUUCCAAACUGUUGGCUUUUGUCAAAGACAUAUUUCCCAACGCAUCGACGGGCGAGUUAACUGAGUUAAACGUUAAUAUUCACCAGUCAUUUUAUCUCGCCGUGAAAUCGAAAAAUGCAAAAAUGUUUCAACUGACAUUGACCGUCGUCAAGAAAGAACUAGGACAUGAUUAUCUACUUACCCAGUUAAUAGCCAAAUUUACAUUUUCUGGGAUUUCUAUUUUCGAUUACUGCAGCUCGAAAAAAUUAUUCAACGCCAUGGUGAAGAUCGUCGUCAAUCGAGACGACGUUGCAGACUACAAAUGCCUGCAUAACGUGAUUUUCAACGAAAACAUAAUAGAAAGUUUUGUUUUAGAUCGCAUAGAUGCCGAAAAUCUGCAGGGGUUGUUAUCAGUAGAAGGCGCUGGUCGCUUUACCAAGCGUUUGCUUACGGAUAACCUCUACCGGAAUUUCGAUCUUUUAUCAAGUUGUCUGUUAAAGAAUUUUAACAAAACACAACUCUUUGAUUUCGUGAAAAUGAUUACGCUUAAAGAUGAUACCAAAAUAGUCAAAAGCAGCCAGUCCGUUGCGGUCUCCACGGUUCGUCUCAGUGAUCCAACGUAUCGCGACGAAAACAUCCAACACUUUCUGACCGAUUACUCCCCUGAUGAUUUAGUUUGCACGCCGAAUGACGGCGAAACCACAACCGUUCACGCCGAGCGAGUUGAGCUGAGUAACAGCUUUUGGGGAGACUUCCUACGAUCGACAGCCACUUCUUUACCUGGACGGCACCUGGAUACAAGGCAAGUCAAAACCAUUUUUAAGUGUUUGACUCUUGUACGGUAUAAACUCGGAGGUCAUAUGGCUAAAGAACUUUUGCUCCACCAAGACGAUCGUGGCUACGUUGUUCUUCAUUUGUCGAAAGAAAUCGUCCAACGCAUGUUGAACUGUUUAUCAAAGAAAAACCAAGAAGAAAUUAAAAAGGAGUGGAAGAAAAAUGCUCCGCCAGUGACACACGACACGUUCAUCAACUACGACUCUAGGGAAUACUUUGAAAGCUGGCGAAUCGCCUUACAUUACAGUGAUAUUCUACUAUUUUAUUUGGUUUAUGGCAGCGAAAAGCAACUCGGCGAAUGCGUCGAUAUUCUCACAUCGGUUCGUUUGAUGGGCAGACAACAGCGCAGUCUAUGGAGUUACAUCUUUGAAUAUAGCGAGGAAAAGCCGACGAAAGAAAUAUUGAAAUCUGUGUCGCAAAUUUUUGGUUGGGGAGCGGCGAAAACGUUGCUGGCUCACGAAAUGGAUGGCCUACCUCUCUUACUGAAAGCUUUGUCAUGGGGACGUGACAUUGACGAAUGGCUGGAUGUGUUACCAGAAGAAAUACGAAAAGACAUUCAACAAGUUAUUGAACAAAAAACUACCGAGUUCAUUGAUGACGUGUUUCUCCAUCCCGGGACCUAUUUCAACGAACUAGGAGAUCCACGUUACAAACCACUAACCCUUUUAAAAUUUUUAAUCGAUUACAGUAAUGGCAGACAACGUGAACAAUUUGUACAAAGUAUCACGAGAGUAUUCAAACCAUACCCUCCUUCUCCAUUCCGCCUACGUGGAGGGUGCAGCAUAUGGACUUGGGUUUUUCUCCGUGAACGUAAGAAAAGAAUUUGUAUAGACAUUGCAGAACUGGACACAUUUUUAAAAUGCGUUUCCGAAAAACUGGGUACAAAAGCCGUCAAGGGGUUGGUGUUCCAUGAAUUCUUAAAUCAACCUCUCAUUUUAUAUCUUACGUCUGCAGAGGGCAAGAUGGUUGAUGUGAUGCUCGCCCAUUUGGAUGCAUUCGAUCGCACACGUAUUCAAUGUCAAAUCAAUAAAUCUUGUUGUUAA